AUGUCGAAUGUCAAUGCUGCUGCGUCUUUUACUGCUUGCAUGAUUUACCAUCACACCACGCAAAUUACUAUCGCUAUGGAUACGCCUCACAAAGAGAACGGAAUCAGAAAGCGCUCAACAAAUGCUUGUCAACGGUGCCGCAAGCAGAAGAUAAAGUGCUCAGGGCUACAACCCUGCAACACAUGUCACAAACGCAAGCUGACGUGUGUUUUCGACGAUCGGGAUCAGAAAGUGCUUGUUACUCGGGGAUUCAUCGACGAUCUCCAGAGAAGAGUUGCACUGUUAGAGAAAGAUGAAGACGAUUUAUCCAGUCCUCGCAGCUUCGUGGAUCAAGAUAGGGCUAGGCCUGAAGAUGUGCCCGACGAUGACCCCGUUGGCGACGUUCGAUUUACCCAAAACAUGGAAGGGGCAGAGCUAACGAAUCCAUUGUCGACUGGCCCAUCUGCAUUCUCAACUGCCGCGACGGGCCAAACAUUUUACUUGGGGACCUCAUCAAACUGGUCCUUUGCCCGAAAGAUCUUAAGCAUGACACAUGAACAUGUAUAUCAUUCUCCUCUUCUAACAGAUAGCUUGAUAUUUGACGGCACCACAUAUGAUCUGGGAUGGGAUGGCACGAGGACAACAGUUUAUCAAGAAGCCCCUAUAGUUCCCACGCUGGAUUACUCGAUCUACAUUAUCAACGCCGUCAAGUUCCAUGCCGGACAACUAUACCACCUCUUCGACGAGGGAACAUUUAUGGGUGGCCUGUAUUCCUUUUACGAAGACCCCGAACAGCAGAUGUCCCUAGAUGGGCUAUGGUAUAUCCACUACCUAGUCAUCAUCGCCCUUGGAAAGGCACUUAUUGUUCAGCGAAAUCGGGAUACUCGCCCGCCGGGUUGCGAGUUCUUCACCCGAGCCCUCCAGCUACUCCCUGACUCGACACACCUCUCAAGAGACUCCACUAUUGCAUGCGAGGUUCUGUGCUGCGUGGCGUUAUAUCUUCAGUCAUUGGAUCAUCGCAACUCGGCCCACAAUUUUAUUGGCCAAGCUAUGAGGAUUGCCCUGGCCCAGGGUAUGCACACCGACAUGCCGGUACAACAGCUGGGAGAAGGAACCGUGCAGAGAUGCCGCAAAAUAUGGUGGACAAUUUACGUCCUGGACCGGCAAAUGACGUCUUUAAUGGGACUGCCCCAGUCAAUCCAAGACAAUCAGAUCUACCACCAACUCCCUGCCUUUCCUGGGUCACCCCAGAAGGUAGUCGCUCUGAGCAUGCAAAUCCGCAUGUGUCAGAUUAUCGCGGAGAUCAAUAGCACUGUAUACGGAAUGGAUGGACGACUGAACAGAAAAUUCCUCGUGCGAACCAAGGCGGCACUAGCUAGUACGACGGACCUGGCUGCUGAUCUCCAAAGAUCGUUUGACUUGCAACUGGACAAGCCGACUAUAAGUGGCGUGUCCAGGAUGGCAGCACAUUUGCAUUUACUCUAUCACCAGUGUAUUGUUUUAGCAACACGACCGCUGUUAUUGUGCUUCUUAAAAAUGCGGUUCCAGUCCGUCGAUGCUUGUCUCGAGGCAUUAAACUCGUCAGCGAACGUGCUUCGACUGGUUCAAGUAUGCAUCGACUCCGCGCAACAUCAGCUCAAUAUACUCAGCUGUUUACACGAACAAAGCCUGCUCGAUAGCUUUCUCCCAUUUGAUUUAGAGUCAACUAUUGUCUCAAGCGUAGUACUUUUACUGGCUCCGGCAAUUGACUCUUCUCUCUUGGAGAGUCGGAGGCCUUGGCUGCAUAAGAGCUACAUGAUACUGGAUGAUAUGAUUUCCCGGGGGAAUCUUAUCGCACAGCUACGAAAGUCUGAGCUUGAACAGCUGAGCAAUUUGCUGUACCAGCUGACCCCAGAUCGAAUACUACCGGAAGACCAGAGAAAGUUACAUCAGGUUGAACUAUCAUCGCCAUUGCCCCCGGCGUACCGGGUUCCGGAUCUGCCGAGUCUCAAUGACGGCCUAACAACAGCCGAGAUUAUGGCUGUAGCGGAAUCAAUCGACACAGGCGAUGUAGACUGGGUUGCACAUGCAGUUACAGAAAACCAGAUCUGGUGA